AUGUUCAGGAACAUCUUGGCAACAACGAGCCCAGUCGAACUGGCCGCGGCCGAGCCCUACGAGGCCGAGCUCUACGAGGCCUUAUGCCUGGAAAUGCCAGCUCCUCCCCCUCCCCGCCUCUACAUGCGCCGCAGCAGCAUGCUCCUCAAGCUGCCGCGCGAGCUGCGCGACAACAUCUUCCGCCAGCUCAUCUACGCCAUCUACGAAGACCGCACCACGCCCGAAGAGCGCCACCUCUGCCCCAAGCCGCUCCUGCGCCACCUCGUCGGCCCCACGCUCGCAACCUCGCCCGUCCGCGGCAUCAUGCAGACCAACGCCCAGCUCCGCUCCGAAUUCGGCCAGGAACUGUACCGCCACGCGCACGAGGAGAGCACCAUCACCGCCUCGGCGCCCGCCGACCAUGGACCUCCCGCGAACGCCAACAACAACAUCAGCCACCUUCCCGGAACCAUCCAGCUGCUGCUGCCGCCGCACCCCAUCGCCCCCAACAUCGCCGCCCUCCUCGCAGCAGCGCAGCAGGCUCGCCGCAACCACCACCUCCUCCGCGCCGCGUGGAACCCGGCCACCAUGCCCCAAAUCCCGCACUACCUCGCCCAGCACCUGCGCAGCUUCAGCUUCACGCUGGCCGUGCCCGCGGCGCCGACGCGCCGCGACCCCUUCGUCUUCACUGGCACGCACAGCAACAACGUCUACGCGACCAUCACUUUCGCUGGCAUCGCCGACGGCUACCACCGCGACUGGAACGUGCUGCAUGACGAUUUCGAUGUCGCUGUUCACUCUGUCCUCGCGACGCUGCCCGUCCUUGAGGAGUUGGAUGUUACCAUGUCGCUCGCGCCGGGCAGUUACAGAUACAGUGUGCGCGGCGGUCGCGGGGGGGAGGGAAGUAAGGAUGAAGAUGCCUUUUGUGUGAAGACGACGCGGGUUACUGGCAUUGAGGUGCCGGGUAUGACGGGGAGCCGGGAGGGAGCGAGCAAGAAGAAUGACAAGAAGAACAAGAAAGAGGACAAGGAGGAGAAGCAAGAGCCGACAAACGAAUCGAAUGAUGGUCUGAUGAGGCCGAGGAAGAAGAGGAAGACUAGUCAUUCCAAGGCUGUGAACGGUCACCAUGAGUGUACGUGUGCGGAUGCGGGUACUGCUGGUGGUGGUGGUGGUGGUGGUGGUGGACAUAACGAGGCGGCCCAGCCGGUGGUCGUGCAGCCUGGAGCACGGCUGAAGCGGUUCAAGAAGAGCAUGGUCAUCCGCUUCGCCGGUCUGGACGACAUCCAGUUCACGUACUCCAGCCAGGAAGACAAGUUUAAGAAUGGACGUCGCAUCGGUGUCACCAAGGUUCAGCGUUCGAUCGAGUUCUUUUCCGAAUGGAGCGCGGCUUCGCGCGCCGAGCUUGCGGCCUUCUUCGACGUCACGUCUCGCACCAUGCUCUGCAUCACAGGGCACUACCGCAUGCCGAUGCAGGACGUCCUACCGGAAAUGUACGAGCGGUGGAAGCGCUCCGACGGAACGUUGUCGCGCGAUCGCGUGAGGGUGCUGAUGGAAGAGUGGUUGGAGAAGAUGGCGAAGCAAGAGGCGGCGCUGAGGGAGGCCUUGAUGCGGCAGGGAAUCGCUCUCGCCGCCGCUCAGGCUUGA